AUGACGGCGCACGGCGGGUACCAGCGCGUCGAGUCCGACCCAACCUUGUCCGAUAGUCCGCGCGCCGCCCUUCUUCGUCAUGAUUACGGUAGCUUUUAUUUAUAUGUGUUAUUUAUAUGUGAUUAAUCAUAUCAGAGUGUUUUGAGAUUCACAAGUUGAUUGGUUAUUUCGAUUUCUGAAUGAGACUAUGUUCACUAGAUGCAGUUUUUUUCCCGCUGAUUCUGAAUAAUUGUUCGAAAAUUGCUCAUAAAGGCUGUGAAAAAAAGUUGGUGACUAACAAAAAAACCAAACUUUUUAAAGGAUUCACAGAUCUCUUACCUUACAAAAAAAUUUCACCGAUUUUUUUGGUUUUUUUGUUCAUAAAUCUCGUGAAACUUGAGCAAAUGAGUUCAUAUUCUGGAAAUGAGUUACUGUGAAGUUAUUACAAAUCUGUGUAAAGUUUCAAAGCAAUUAGAGCAAUUUCAGAGAAGUUAUGGUCAGAAAACCAUUUUUAAAUACUUGGCUCAAAGUGACAUGCCUUGUUGAAUUUGAGCUGAGAAAAUAGUUUGAGAAAUUUUUUUUAAAAGGAAACGUUUCUGGCCGAUUCUAGGGAUCACUCAAGAGAGGUGAAGCUAUUAAAGUGGUCACUAGAAAUGCCCCGAAACUUCUGAUUCAAAAAAUGUCCGAGCUUAUCCACUCAAUUUGAGAACGGAUCGUUCAAAUAGCUCUUUGAAACAAUUAAAAUUUUCCAAGAAGUAUUUCUCUUACCAGGGCUCUUACCAAUCCUCUGUCACCACAGGGCUUUUUUUGAAUGGAAGUAUUCAGAGAACGACGCGGCGGCGUCGACGUACCACCACGACGAGCUCGACUGGGAGUACGACGAGUUGGAGCGUCAUGAGCUGGAGGAUCGUCUCGGCGAGAUCCCCGACACUUUUCAUCGGCGUCAUCGAAGGGUCAGUACCUUUUUGAUGUCAAAUAGUCGAUUCACAGCUAGCUUGAGCUUUUUCAUGCUCUAAGAGGCAUUUUCGGAAAAGUAAAAGUGUUUAUUGCGCUCCAAAAUAAAGCUUGGUUCCCGAAAAUUUACAUCGAAAGGCUAGUUUUUGAAUUUUUGGACGAUUUAAAGCUAUUUUGGACUUUCCGGACAAGAAAUGGACCUUGCUUAACGGCGAAAAACGCGCCUUUUGACGUGAAUAAACUCUAUAAAACUUUUAAAUAAAGCGUCAUUUUCUACCAUACAUUCAAGAAAAUCAACAGAUGAAAUACGUUUCAAAACUGUCACAAAAACUUGACGCUACUCAUUCGAUUCAAUCAACGCCUCCUAUAAAUCUUCAAAAUAUCUAUAGCCCGUCGGCCGCGACUUGGCAGUUUUCGCAUGUCUGCGUCUCUCUGUUCCCUCACCGGCGAGGUUAGAGAAACAUGGAAAGAGCCCGUAAACAUGAGAGAGACGUCGAGAGAUAAGGAGGGCGCAGAGAAGUUCCGCUCUUUCAAGUCGCGUUAAUGAACUAUAUAGCCCGUGCACGGCUGGCUUGGGACGGCGAACGGGAGGUUCAGUUCUGGUGGCAGAGGUAGAUCACGGCGACUACCUAUGCGCCCUUUAUGAAAUGUCCCAUUUUAUGAUUUAUUUUGUAUUAGGUCGAUUUGAAGAAAACCUGAAAACCGAUUAAAUAAAUGCAAACAAAAACUGAAUUAAAUUGAAACAGAAGUAAUUCGCUCAUUAAAGGCGCAUGUUGAGCCGCCAUGAUCUACUAUCGUCGCGCAAGAUAAACCGCCCGUUCGAUGUCCCAAGCCAGUCGUAAACGGCUAUAGCAAAUCAUUAAGAAUCUAGAAAAUAAAACGUAAGCGAAUUUAGGCACGAAACAAAAAUAAUUCUACAGUUACCUACGAAAUUCCCUUCGGGGAAAAAAAAAAAAAUCUUGUGAUUUGAAUUAUCUUUUUUCCCAUUUUUUCUUGAAAAUCUUCGAUUAAAACCGGCAAUUUUUUAAAAAUCAACUGAACAAUUAGAAAACUGCCCUUCAUACAGAAUUGGAGACCUUGAGCUUUACUCCGAAAAUUAAUCAAUUAUGAUUUUUGAUGAAAAAAAUAGAGGAAAAAAAGACUUUUUUGCAAAAAAAGGUAGAAAAAGCAAUGAAUGAAAACCUUUGAACUUUUUUUCUUAUAAUCAAUUAUUUUUUUCCUGUGUAAUGCGGAAGCCUGUGGAAUGUGCAUGUUGGUUUGCAGUGCAAGGCACAAUUUCAUUUCAAACACCAAAAAAAAGUUUUCACAUGCAUUGAAAGAGUUUUUUAAGCCAAGGAAGCAUAAAAAAAAAUCGUAUAGAACCUGAAAAAUGCAUUAAAAUGAUAAAAUCAUCAUUUUCAAAAAUGGCAAAAGGAUUCGCAGUCUGCAGGAUUCGAACCUACGCGGGCAGAGCCCAAUUGAUUUCUAGUCAAUCUCCUUAACCACUCGGACAAGACUGCUGGUGACAGCCGGGUGCCGCCAUUGCGGCCAUACACCCGCGUAGGAAUUUCGCCUUGAGAACCGUGUAGAGAAUGGAUGAACAGAAAAAGGUGGGAAAAAAAUUGGCUGUGUUGGGAAUUAGCCGCGAAAAAAUUAGCCGCGGGAAAAAUAGCACUUUACUAGGAUUAGAAAAAUUUUUGAUGAACUUAUUUAUAAAAAAAUGGGUUCUGCAGAAAUAAACGAAUUAUAAAUCAGAUCUGAUCAAAAAUGUGUCCUAAAAAAAUAACGAAUUUUUUUCAAUAAAAAAAUUCAUUAAUUUUCUAUUUUUUUAAAUGUAUUCUUGAGUUAAUAUGGGUCUUUAAUGUUUUGAAAAAUUUUUGAUUUCUAUUUCUUCAAUGUCCAACAUUUUCUGUCGUUUUUGAGGAGAGUUUUCAAGAGUUUUGAGCUUAUGGAAAUGUUUUUCAAUUUUUUUAUCUCAUGAAAAAACCAUUCAUCUUAAGUUUCGCCAUGGAGCGCAUUAGUUGGCCCUCAAAAAACUUUUUCGAUAUUUUUAUUCUCUCGCUCCAAGUUUUAUUAUCCCCUCGAACUUUAUAUAUUUAUACUUUGCCAACAAAAAGGAAUUCUCGCACUCUUUUCUUGGAACGAUUGGAACUCAAAACCUUGGAGAAUUGGAUCUGACGCAUCAUCAAACGAAGAAAAGGAAAUGCGCAACCAGCAAAAAGUGAGAAAAGUUGUCCGUCCGUCAAAAAUUGAAAGCCUGUCCCCGCCUCUCUUGAAAAAGGUCCAAGCAGAUGGAAAAAAGUCCCGAGCUUUUUCCUGAAUGGAGUUCUUCAGCAUUUCCAAGUUCUUUAUUCUGCGACCUGUCAGGAAGAUUUCCAACUGGAGGAGCCGGAAUAGGGUAUUUUCUGCUUUUUUUUUCGAAAGUUUUUUCAAAAAACUGAGAAAAGUAUAGUUUUUCCAGUUGAGGGGAAGUUUCCAAGCUCUCCUUGGUAAUAUUUUUUUGAAUGAUGGGCUCAAAAAAAGGUUUUUUUAAUCAGAAAAUGAUAAAUUUCCCUUAAAAAAGGCUUUUUUCGUCUUUAUUCAUAUAGGUUUCUUCAUUAAUUUACCUCAUUUUAAAAAUUGACAAUGUUAAAAAACUCAAUUUCCAGUUAUUAGUUGUUAUCAAUGAUAAAAGGAUAAUUCCCAUAAAUAUUUUCAUUUUUGAAGAACUUUAGAUUCUUGUAAAGCAUUUUUCUCUUCACCAGGAGUCUUAGACUGGAGAAAUUUUAAAAUUUAUUUCUUCAGAACCCUUGGGAACUCCAGAGGGGUCCCUCCAGGGGUCAGAAGAGAAAACAACCACUGAAGGGGCCAAAAAAGGGGUCCCUAUAGGGGUUUAGGGUCUGACUCCUUCGCCCCUAAACUCAAGUGGUCCCUACAGGGGUUAGGGGAGAAAACAACUCCAAUAGAGGUCUUUCAAUUUCAUUUAAAAACGCUUAUUUUUUCACUUUUUUCCAUGGAAAUGCUUCUUCGCUAGGAGUUCAUAACAAUUAUCGACAUUUCUAUAUAAAUUAAAGCAAAUAAAAAAAUGUAUCGACCUCGAAAAACUAGAAAAAAACUUUGAAAAAUGAUAUUUUGCAACAAAAAUUUCCUUGCAACAACUCAGACCUUGGUAACGCGAACGGGACGCGAAUCGGACGUGUCGGGGCAUUUCUAGUGACCACUUUAGUAGCCCCAGAACUCUUAAGGGAUCCCUAGAAUCGGCCAGAAACGUCCGGAGCACGUCCGUUUCGCGUUACCAAUGUCCGAGAAUUUUUUCUUUUCACUUUCUCUUUUCUCUGUGGAGCAUGUUUGCACGGCGGCGAGUUUCAGGAAGCCCUAUACGGCGAAGAAGUGACCCGGGCCGGCCUGGGACGACCCGAAUACAGCGAAUCCAAUCAGCUUCUGCACGCCUGUGACAAGGUUCUUUCCAUUCUUCUUUUCUCUGUUCUUUUUUCUUUUUUCUUUUUUUUCGGAUUUUGAAUGGGAAUGGGUAUGAGAAUGGAAUGCAUUUUUUUAGAUUUUUCAAUUUAAAGUUUUUCAAGAUUAAAAAAAUUUCUUAUAAAGGGUUUAUUUCGUAAAACUGUUACUAACCAAUUUUUUUCAGGCUUAUAAGGAGCCCAAAAAAAUUUACUCAGAGCUCACAAAAUUAAAAAAAGAAAACCAAUUUUUUUGGACUUCACUUUCAUAUAAUUUAUUCAGCUUCAAUAAUUUUUUUAGAUAACUCAAAAAAAUUAUAAAGGAUUUUUAGAGAUUUUUUUCACAGUUUGUAAAGAUUAUUAAAAAGUUACAAGCCUAAAAAAAAUCAUAGGAAUUAAAAAUUUUUAAUUAGCUUUUUAAGCUAGAAAGUUGAACUUCUUAUUCAGACCAUGAAGAUUUUUUUGAAAAUAUGGUCUUACAUUACUUUCUUGUUUCAAAAAGGGUUUUUUUGAAUUAUAAAGUUUUUCGAAUUCGUUUUUUUACAAGAACCGUCAAAUAUUUGAAAAAAAUAUGCUUUGGAAAAAAAUAAUUAUCCGUUAUUCAACAUUUUAUCAUUGAACUGAUCUAACUUUUCAUGUUUUAAAACUACUGGGAAAAAUUUUAGCGGCCUCUAUAGGUUUUUAUAGUUUUAGUGGCCACUUAAGGGGUUAAAAGUUAGUAGCCGCUAUAGAGCUCUACGUGGUACUACUACUACUACUACUACUAAAGUUGCCACUAAUGAACAUAUAGUGGCCACUUUAGUGUCCUCUUCAAGUAACCUAAGGGAGCUUCUAUAGUGGCCACUAGAGGUUUUCCCAGUAGCUCUAAUUUUCUAGAAGUGAAUAACUUUUUUUUUGAUUCAUAAUUAUUUAUUGACAGAUCAGCGUGAACCUUAAAGAGUUCACUUGGAUAUAAUAUUUAAGAGAAUACAUUAUACAACUUUAUAUCAUUUUUUCUGAGAUUGUUCCAAGUAAAAAAAGUUUUAAAUGAAAAAAAUCAUUAGAAAACUGACAAGAUAAAAAAAUAAAACCUUCAAAAAGAAUGAAUAAAGGAUGGGUACAAAGCGGUGCCGACUUGCGAGGUGCUCGCGGAGCUCACUCAUGAGCUCCAGCUCGUUGACGAUGAUGAGGUGAGUUGAGCAUGAGAAUCAUCAUGCUCGAGGAGUUUCGGCUUCAAGGAUUUGUCUCAAAAAUAAACAUAAAAAUGGAAUUUUUUGAUUUGAAGCAAGAAUAAUAGCGUCGUUUAUUGCUCGGACUCUGGUAAUGUUUCUGAGCAGUUCUAGGGAUCACUUAAGAGCUCUGACUCUACUGAAGGGGUCACUAGAAAUGCCUCGACAAGGCCGGUUCGCGUUACCAAGGUCCAAGUUCACUCAGCGAAACGGACAUGUCGGAGUAUUUUAGUGACAACUUUAGUAGCCUCAGAACUCUUAAGUGAUCCCUAGAACUGCUCAGAAACGUCCGGUCCGCGUUUUCAAGGUCUAAUUUCGGUCAAUUUUUUUUUAAAAUGAUUUUUCGGUUAAUAAUAGAGCCUAUUUGCUCUUUCAUUGUCAGGAAGAGUUAAUAGCCUUUUGCCAACUUUUUUUUAAAUUUUUUUUUAAAAAAAAUUUAAGGUUUAUCGAGAUUUUUUAAAAAUUGUUUUUGAAGGCCUUUAUGGGCUUUUUUCCUAAUAAUUUCAGGCCAUUUUGAACAUUAUUAUGAGUUUUUAGAGCAUUUGACCCUUCCAAAACGAUUUUUCAAUUAUUUUUGUAUUAACAGGAGAGUUAUCUUAGGUUUUUUUAUAUUUUUUUCAAAUUUUUAAAUGACUUCUGAAAAAAAAGGUUAAUGCGUCAAUGGGAUUUCAGAAUUUACUUGAGAAAAAAAUUGGAGCUUCUAAACUUUUUUUAGAUUAUUUUUUUGAAAGGAUUUUUGAAAAAUUUAGUUCUUUACUUAAAAAUUUUUAUAUCAUGAGACUAGUUUGAGAAAUUUUUAAUUUUGAGUCAGUUUGAGCAAAAAGUUGAAAAUUCGUGUCACAAAAUCCUUGAAGCUGAAAAUUCGCCCCCCAAGACACCCCUAUCUAUCCCUUGUUUGGUCUUGAUAUGAACAUCACAGCAUGAAAUUCGUCCUCACCCUUUGAACAAUUACUAACCCUCAUUUAUUCGACUAUUAUUAAUAUUUUGAAUUUAUUGAUCAAUGUGUAAAUUUUGCUGAGUUCAAUGAUUUUUUGGCAAUUCCAGAGCGGCCAUGAUGAAAUGGAGCAGAGCGAGGAGACGAAAGACGAAGACGAGGAGGAGGAAACAACGGGGGCUAGAAAGGUAGGAAUAAUCGGGAAAAUAGGAGAAUACAAAGUUUGGGAGUAUUUUUAAUGAAUAGAGCUUGAUUUUUUGAUCCUAGCAAUAUGAAAUGUGCAUGUUUUUUGAAUUCCGAAGGCUUUUUCACGAUUUUUUGAAAAGACAUACCCGUUUUCUAAAGCAAUAGCAGUGUGGUUUUGUUGAUUUUAUCGAAAAGAGCUUAUUUUUUGAUUCAAACCAUGUUUUAUCUAAUAUAAAUACAGUUUUGAAAGUGCUGAUCAACCAUUUUUAGAAUACGCGUUUUUAUUUCUGUCUGAAUGAGUUUCGAGAAUUAGACGGAAUAAACAUAUGACUUGAAACUUAUUCGUCACUGGUUUGCCAACAUCUCGUGAUUUAUUAUUUUUCGAUAUUUCUCGACUUUUUCAAGAUUAUAACUUUCAGAUAAGCUUUUAUUUUUCUUUUUGUUAGAGUGUUUAGAGGAUUUGGAAAAAUUUUUCCGGCUUUGCGAAAAGAAAAAGAAAACAUAAUUAAUAAAUUUAAAUUGCACAAAGGCGGAUCGUGUGAAAUUCGAGAAAAAAAUGCAGAAAUUCAUGGUUAAAAAAAGGUAUUUCAAAUCGAUUUCUUGAAAUUUUUUUGUUCAAAGCGAACCUUUUUUUCCAGUGAUAUUCUUUUUUUAGUUGAAAAGUAUAAAAAAAUACCCAUUUUCAGUACGCAAAACUGAUCUUGCCUCAUGUCGCCCCUCGUUCUGCUCACAUGUGCAUAUACGGUACUUGGCGCGUCAAUAUUCUACAGUGUAGAACGGCCACACGAAAUCCAAAUGAAACAGCAACAGGUUUGAAAAGAGUAAAAGUACACGAAAAUUCCAAAAAUUUUGAUGGGGAAACUGUGCGUCGCUUGCUAAAGGGAUCGCGCCUUGCUUGCAAAUCGGGCGUGGCUUCCACAUUUUUCAGCCAAAAAUUAAAGCGCCGGUAAUUAUCACCCAUUAUAUGUGAACUCUUCGCAAUAGGGCGCACUUGGUUUUACACAUAUUUCGAGGAAAUGCGAAUAAUUUCUAUCUCGCCUCGCUUUUUCUGAGGUUUUCAUUUGUUUAUAUGAUUUAUAAUCAAAUUACAGGGUAG